AUGAGCGUCGGGACUCCUUAUAUCGGCAGUAAAAUCGGCUUGAUUUCCAAAGCUCUAAAUCGGUAUGAGGGCAUCUUAUACACCAUUGAUACCGUGAAUUCAACGGUGGUGUUGACAAAAGGUAAAUUAUGUGAGCGGCCAAAGAGACGCAUAUUCACUCUCAGACAGCAGUAGUAGUCAAAGAAGACAUGUUUGCUCCUAAAAUAAGUCAUUGUGAUCACAUGUGGCACUACAAAUAGAUGUUGGAGCCCAUACUUCACACAGGGACAAUGUGGGCUGUGAAAGUAACGUUUCUAGUUUGGUCAUUUAGGUCUACUGUUAUUGUAUUUUACCGGAUAGUUUAUUUGGUUUGUGUCCAGUUAUGUCAAUGGAUUGCAUAGUGAAAACAUAACAUCUGAUUUGGCCUGUCAAUUAACUUCCAUGAUUUCUCUUGUUCAUGUGCAGUGAAGUCAUUUGGAUCAGAGGGCCGACUCACAGACAGGCCAACCCCUCCCAAAGAUGACGUCUAUGAGUACAUCAUAUUCAGGGGAAGUGAUAUCAAAGAUAUCUCAUUGUGUGAGCCUCCAAAAUCUCACCAUGGCCUGCCCCAGGACACUGCCAUAGUGCAGGUAGGCAGACAGGCUAUGCCUAGCUCGCAAACUCUAGGCGGCAUUCGGUCUUCUCCCUACUGUUCUCAGCCAUUAGAUUUGCCCAAGACUGCCUAGUGUGAACUACGAUACUGACGCUGUGUUUUAGCGUUUAGAAACGUCAAUCAUCACUUGCGAUACUGCUUUUGAAACAUAUGGCCAUUUCAUCAGGGAGAAAGAGUCGUUUAAAUAAUAAAGAGAGACUUACUGUAGCAGUUUUGCACAGAUCAAUACAGUGUUGCCAACUCCUCAGUAAGGAAAGUAGCUAUUGGCUGUCCUAAAAUACGCUAAAUGACGUCAUCACCUAAUUUGCGUAAUUGGCCAUGUACAUGUAAUUGUACGCUGUAGGAGAGAGGAAAGCCAGGGCGGGAUCAGCCAGCGGCGGCUUCCCGCAUGCGCAAUUCAUUUGCAGUCUGGACGCGGAGGGGUGAACAUCUCCUGCUCUGACUGCAUCGAGAGGACAGGGCCGCCUGUGAGUGCUUUGGGACCGGAGUAACAAAGCACCCGCUGCUCGUUGAGAAGAUUAAGAACAAUACGUGCUUUCAUGUCGGACUCUCCAAUAACACCAGAAAAAGUCGCUAGAUUUGUCGCAUUUUUUAAAAUGUGUCGCUAGAGGGGUCUGAAAACUCGCUAAAUAUAGCGACAAAGUCGCUAAGUUGGCAACACUUGCAGCUAUGGGUGCCUCAUCCAACAAAACUACACUUCCGCUACAUUUCCAGAGUUGGCUUACACAGGCGUUUGGAGCAUGCUAGAUAGCUAAUUAGCACAGGUGGUCGCUUGUCUUCCAUCUGUUUUCCGUAACAUGGAGAUAUGGCCUUGUGUGAACACUAACCCUAAGGUGUUUAUCAAUUUAACCUUUUUACUUUUUCAAAUGUAUUUCUCGGUGUCGUGUAAUGAAAGAUAAUUGCCGUCUGCUUCCCGGACUGUACCGCAAACGACACGUGUUAAUGUUUAGAUUGAGCAUCCGGGUAUUAACAAAACUCCCCACUACAGAAGACGCCUUCGUCCAAUGACUUGUGUAAUGUAAUUGAGUCAUGAUCAAGUGCUAGGCUAUGCCAUGAGGCCGUCCAUGUAUCAGUGUUUCGAGUAAAUUAUUUAUCAAUUUGCUGUAUUCUUUCCUCGUUUUUUUUUUUUUUUGGGGGGGGGGUUCAGUCAUCACUCAGCACAUCAGCGUCCUCCUAUAAUCCAACUCCAGGACCAAUCAGUCCCUACAGGAUCCCAUCUUAUAACCAGCUAGCAGCCAACUAUCUGCUCAACCAGCAGUAUGCUGCAGCCCUUGGUCUGGGUGAGUCAGUGAAUAACAGACAGGGAACUGUUGGGAAUGAUUCAAAUUGCAACACUAUUCAUUUGAAUGAUAAAAUCCAUUAUCGGGUGCUUGCUUCCAAUGAUGAUAUACAACCUCUCUCUUGGACCUGUUCAUUCCUGGUCUCCUCAGGUGGAACUCCAGGCCCUCAAGUGAGAAGGGGUCCUAUGGUGGAGCAGGCUGUCCAGACUGUGCCUCUAGAUGAGCCAGGGCAGAAGAAAGGCCAGAGUGUGUCUCAGGAGCAGCGCAGGGAGACCAGUAGGCCCAUGCAGCGAGCUGCACGAGUGAGCCCACAGCCCCAGAGACGCUCUGGACUAGGCAGUAAGCAGACUGGGGGCAAGCUGGGAUGGGCUGAUUGGGGGGCUCGGUAUUUACUUUAUCCAUGUAGAAUAUGAAAAAUAAAAGGACCUGAAUGUGUGUUAUUCAGCUUUUGCAUCGUAGAAGAUGCACUACUUCCCAUAGUAUGUCAGGCAUAAUGCCUGAUUUUGAAUUUUUAAACUAAUGUAAUUUCACUUGUUUGCUCUGGUUAAGUUGUAGACGUAAUAAAAAAUUACCCAUGUGCAAAAACAUACAUUCAUACUGUAAAACUGAAGGCCAAUACUGUAUGACUAUGUAAUGUGAUUGACAACUUGUUUUCUACGAUCAGGUGGGUCCGAUGUACAGCGUCAGCGUACAACUUCCCAAUCCCAGAACAAUGAUGAGAACAGGCCACCACCAAGGAGGAAACAAGGUAAUCCCCCACUGUAAUGGGUGUCUUUUUAGCUCUUGGGUCAGGGACAAAUGUCAUUUGCUUUAGAUGGUUGUAUAGUAAACCCUUUGGUUGUAGAAUUUCUCAUACCUUAGAAUGAAUGACUUAUCAAAUUCUUUCCAUUUUGUCCUGCAGGAGCUCGUAGGCCCAGGAAUCGUAAUCAGGGCCAGCUCCUUGUGAAGAGCUCCAAGCCUAGCACACUCAAGUUUGAAUCAGACUUUGACUUUGAUUCUGCAAACGCCCAGUUCAACAAGGAAGAGCUGGAGAGGGAGAUGCAGGACAAGUUGAACAUCAAAGGUUGGUUGCAUUAAAAUAACCACAGGUCCGUCACCAUGUGACAAAUGGGCCUCUGUGCUUUGUACUGUAGUUGCAGGAACGCGGCAAUUCGAUCAUGAUUUGGCCAUCACUGAUUGGGGAAAUUACUGCAAAAGGGAACUUCUAUCUCUGGUGGAAAUGUAUCCUUUAAUUUUUGUCUGGUAUCAUCUGCAAGCUUUUCAGAACCAUGGUUAGUCAUUGUUCAUCCAUGCUUGCAUUUUUACUAGAAACAAAGGAUGAAGGGAAGGUGAAACCAGGAGUAGAAACUGGUGAGAAGACAGUGGAGAGGGAUCCAUUUGGGCCCAAGUGCUACUAUGACAAGGCCAAAUCCUUCUUUGACAACAUCUCGUCAGACCAUAAAUCCAGGUGAAUUUAUAUUUAUUUUGUAAAUGUGCUCUAAAAGUGACUAACCUAUCUAUUAUGCUGUCUGAGUCAAUUUCAUGUCACAAAAUGCUUUCGAAGAUCUGACUACGUAGUCUCUGUGCUUGUUUAAUCAUGUUACACUAUGACCCAGACGCACUACCUGGGCAGAGGAGAGGAAGCUGAAUGUUGAGACCUUUGGGGUUCCUGGCCGCUUCCUGAGGUUCCGUGGGGGCUACCGCAGCCGGAGAGGGCUAGGGUCAGCACAGCGCCGGCCCUCCCAGCGAGCUGGGACUGGGAGGCUGUGAGGGUCAAGUGAGUAAGGACGUGCGUGUUUAUUCAAAAGCCUGGGUACAGUGGGGAAAAUAGUAUUUAGUCAGCCACCAAUUGUGCAAGUUCUCCCACUUAAAAAGAUGAGAGGCCUGUAAUUUUCAUCAUAGGUACACGUCAACUAUGACAGACAAAAUGAGAGAGAAAAAAUCCAGAAAAUCAUUGUAGGAUUUUUAAUAAAUGUAUUUGCAAAUUAUGGUGGAAAAUAAGUAUUUGGUCAAUAACAAAAGUUUCUCAAUACUUUGUUAUAUACCUUUUGUUGGCAAUGACACAGGUCAAACGUUUUCUGUAAGUCUUCACAAGGUUUUCACACACUGUUGCUGGUAUUUUGGCCCAUUCCUCCAUGCAGAUCUCCUCUAGAGCAGUGAUGUUUUGGGGCUGUCGCUGGGCAACACGGACUUUCAACUCCCUCCAAAGAUUUUCUAUGGGGUUGAGAUCUGGAGACUGGCUAGGCCACUCCAGGACCUUGAAAUGCUUCUUACGAAGCCACUCCUUCGUUGCCCGGGCGGUGUGUUUGGGAUCAUUGUCAUGCUGAAAGACCCAGCCACGUUUAAUCUUCAAUGCCCUUGCUGAUGGAAGGAGGUUUUCACUCAAAAUCUCACGAUACAUGGCCCCAUUCAUUCUUUCCUUUACACGGAUCAGUCGUCCUGGUCCCUUUGCAGAAAAACAGCCCUAAAGCAUGAUGUUUCCACCCCCAUGCUUCACAGUAGGUAUGGUGUUCUUUGGAUGCAACUCAGCAUUCUUUGUCCUCCAAACACGACGAGUUGAGUUUUUACCAAAAAGUUCUAUUUUGGUGUCAUCUGACCAUAUGACAUUCUCCCAAUCCUCUUCUGGAUCAUCCAAAUGCACUCUAGCAAACUUCAGACGGGCCUGGACAUGUACUGGCUUAAGCAGGGGGACACGUCUGGCACUGCAGGAUUUGAGUCCCUGGCGGCGUAGUGUGUUACUGAUGGUAGGCUUUGUUACUUUGGUCCCAGCUCUCUGCAGGUCAUUCACUAGGUCCCCCUGUGUGGUUCUGGGAUUUUUGCUCACCGUUCUUGUGGUCAUUUUGACCCCACGGGGUGAGAACUUGCGUGGAGCCCCAGAUCGAGGGAGAUUAUCAGUGGUCUUGUAUGUCUUCCAUUUCCUAAUAAUUGCUCCCACAGUUGAUUUCUUCAAACCAAGCUGCUUACCUAUUGCAGAUUCAGUCUUCCCAGCCUGGUGCAGGUCUACAAUUUUGUUUCUGGUGUCCUUUGACAGCUCUUUGGUCUUGGCCAUAGUGGAGUUUGGAGUGUGACUGUUUGAGGUUGUGGACAGGUGUCUUUUAUACUGAUAAGUUCAAACAGGUGCCAUUAAUACAGGUAACGAGUGGAGGACAGAGGAGCCUCUUAAAGAAGUUACAGGUCUGUGAGAGCCAGAAAUCUUGCUUGUUUGUAGGUGACCAAAUACUUGUUUUCCACCAUAAUUUGCAAAUAAAUUCAUAAAAAAUCCUACAAUGUGAUUUUCUGGAGAAAAAAAAUCUCAAUUUGUCUGUCAUAGUUGACUUGUACCUGUGAUGAAAAUUACAGGCCUCUCAUCUUUUUAAGUGGGAGAAUUUGCACAAUUGGUGGCUGACUAAAAACUUUUUUUCCCCCACUGUAUAUAUUGCUUGCGACUGCGUCUAUCCAGGCAAGGCUAGUAAUGUUGUUGUUUUUUUACCCCACAGGCCUCGUUUGAAGCUUGGGUUACCUUGUGCUUGAGUUGCCACGACGUGUUUGUGUAUGUACAUUUGUUUUUGUAGUUAAAUAUAACAUUUUGCAGUCCAUUAUUUUUCUCUACCAACAUGAAGUGUUUUGAAAUGAAGAAACAUUGAGAAUAAGUAUAGAGAAGCUAAAUGCAUUGCUGUUUCUUUAUUUUCUUUGCGCCUAAGGUACAUUUUGGCUUUUGCAUUUGAAUUUGCCUGUGCUUUUCAUCCUUUUCUGUAUUCUGAUAAAUGGAUGACAUGCAAACUUUCUAAACUAUUCAAGGAAUCAAUUUGAAGAUUAAAUUGGUGAGGGGAAAAUAGUUAAAGGUAUUGUUAAUAUUACUUAAUAUAAUUAUAUAUAACUUAAUUAAAACAGAGCAAAUGUCUGCCAUAAAUAUUGAAUUCCCAUGUAUUGGUUUGUUUUCUAUCAUUUUGAGAAUAAGUGUUCAAUUGUUUAAAAUCUAAUAAACAUGGGAAAAGGCUUAUUUUCUUGUUCAUGUUCUGUGUUCAAUGAUAGUAGGUGGAAGUUGUAGUUUUUAAAUGCAGAUAUUUAUUCAUUACAAGAAUAAGGUAAAAUCUUAAGUUUUCAUGUGAUCCAUUAGGGCAGCAGUGUUUCUCAAUCCAUUCCAUUGGGACUCCCAGGGUGGGAGCAUUUGUUUGAGCUCAACACUCAGUACCUUGUGAGCGCUGGAGAGUCUACCCAUCACUACCAUAGCCUGUCUGAUUCAACCAAACAAGAGCCUGCUGAUUAGUCAAAUCAGGUGUUUGUGCUGGGCUAGAAUAAAAAUAUGCAAUCCUUGGGGGUCCCUCCAGCAAUGGAUAGAGAAACGAAGAGAUUCCUGAUGCAAUAUUGAAGAUGGACAAAGGCACAUGUUUGUUUAAUCAUGACUGGUCAAUCAAAAAGGGUUCAUGUUUUCUUCUUUUGUUUCUCUGCUUUCUCCUUUUCUGUUUCAAUAGCUGUGACAUAUUCCUCGAUUUCCUCUUGGACCAGAAUCUAUUUACAGUGGAAAAUAAGUUAUUAGGGGAACAUUUUAAGUUGCAUUAUUACACAGGUGAGAGCCUCUGGUGGAUUUGCUGAGGUGUCACGAUUUCAAACAGACCUUCAUUGAUUCAUCCCGCUUCAUAAUGGCUAGCUCAAUGUUCUUUCCCCCUGACUGGACAACCUGCGAACACGGGGAGCAAACCUUGUGACGGAGGAAUAUCUUUGCUUUGCUUUCCAAUCACUACAUUGUUGCCAUCAAAUGUUAGCUCUAGAGUGGUGUAAGCCUCACCUCAAGUAGCGCUCUGAUGGCAAGCUUAAUGGUGUCUGUAUCGGACUCCAUAUCUUCCUCUUUAUAGUUUUUCUCUAGAAACUCCCGAACAGUCUUGGCAGAUCUUCCAAUGGCAUUUGCCUAUGUACACAAAUACAUUUUGUUUUCCACAUUUUGAAGCAUCUUAUCAACGAUUCAGAUGUAUGGGUCAGAAAAACACCCCUACCUUCCAGGCAUGGUAUGUUCCUGAGGGGUCUGUUUGGUACAGAUGGGGUGUUCCAUCGAAAUCAAACCCCACAAUGAGGGAGGAGAUGCCAAAGGGCCUUCGUCCAUUGCUUUGGGUGUAGCGCUGAAAGUCGGAAUAUAUAGAAGUGAUGUAUCCGCAUGUGUGUAUUUUGUGUGUGUGUGUGUGAGGUACCUGUUUUAUGCUGGAGAUGUAGCGUGUGAUGUACUCUACUGUCGCAGGGUCUUCCACUGUGAGCCUGUGACUCUGACACUCCACCCUGGCCCUGUUAACAAUGAUCCUGGCAUCUGCGGUCAAUCCUGCAGGCCAUUUGAUAAGGAGAAA